UAAGGUUCGGAUUAUUACAUAUCGCUGCUUGGAGCGAGGGGCAGGGGGUGGAUCUAUAUAUACUGUGGGGGUCCUUUCCUUUGCUCGCGAAACGAGAAUCGGACCGGGCGUGGUGGGAUAUACUCCCUUGUUCACAAUCUUGGUAUAAUUCAUCUGUCUGACAUGGCUGCGCCGGUCUAUAAUGCCUCGAUGCCCGAGGGCGGCGACCCGCUCACGAUCGAUGUCAACGCCCAGUUUGUGGGCUACGAGUACAAUUAUGUCUACAUCGUCGCGUGCACCUUUAUCGUCUUCAUGAUUUUGCCGGGGAUUGGCUUGUUGUAUAGUGGUUUGACGCGGAGGAAGUCUGCGAUGGCCUUGCUGUUCCAGGCUUUCAUGGUUCUUGCGGUCUCGACCUUCCAGUGGCUAUUUUGGGGGUAUUCGUUGGCCUAUUCGAGAGAUGGAGGCCCAUUCAUUGGCACGCUGAAGAAUUUCGGCUUGAUGGAGGUCCUGGUAGCCCCAUCGCCUGGCUCGGCCGUCCUGCCAGAAGUCGUGUUUUGCCUGUUCCAGCUGCUCUUUUGCGCAUGCACAGUGAUGAUCGUUGUUGGUGGUACUUUUGAGAGAGGCGCGAUCCUCCCUUCGCUCAUCUUCAGCUUCUGGUGGGCUACGGUCGUCUACUGUCCGUUGGCUCGCUGGACCUGGAGCAGUAACGGAUGGCUGUACAACCUUCCUGCCAUUGACUUUGCGGGUGGCGGUCCGGUGCAUAUCGCGUCUGGUGUCUCGGCCUUAGCCUAUGCUUUGAUACUCGGCAAAAGGAGGGAUUACGGGGCACCGUCUUUCCGCAAACCCCACAACACCACGCUCAUCUUUCUGGGAACCGUCUUGAUCUGGACUGGCUGGCUUGGUUUUAAUGGCGGCUCAAGUCUCAAUGCGAGCAUGCGUGCCAUGGUGGCCGUCUUCAACACCAAUACAGCCGGAUGCACAGGUAUCCUCGGCUGGGUCUUGGUAGAUAUGAUCAAGCAUCGAGGGAAGUUCUCUAUAGUUGGUGCUUGUGAAGGUGCGAUCGCUGGGUUGGUCGGAAUCACUCCGGCUGCCGGCUGCGUGUCGUUCUGGCUCGCUGCCUGCAUUGGAUUCAUCACCGCGGUUGUCUGUUCCCUUCUUCAGAACGUGAACGAUUGGAUCGGUGUCGACGAAGGCUUGGAUGUUUUCAAGCUCCACGGCAUUGGUGGAAUGGUGGGCGCGUUUCUGACAGGCUUGUUCGCCAGCCAGAAGAUCUCGGCCCUCGAUGGCAGCAGUCUGGCGCCCGGAGCGAUCGAUGGAAACGGAGUGCAGGUUGGAAAGCAAAUAGCGGAGAUCUGCGCCAUCUCCAGCUAUUCGUUCGUGGUGACCUGCGCUCUGCUGUUGAUUCUCAAGUAUAUCCCGGGCAUGAACCUUCGGGUCAGUGAGGAAGCCGAGUUGUUAGGGUUGGACCAGACCGAGUUCUUCGACGAGCAAAUCGGGGAUUGGUCGAUCACUCAAGGAAGUGCCAGUCCUACCUUGAUCGGAGUGUCGCAGAAUUCAUCCGGCUCCAUCACGAAGGAGGAGUGCCAGGUGAAGGGGAGCGGGGUAUAGACGACUCGCUGCGGUAUUCAAUGUGCAUUGUUGAUUUUUGUGUUUAAGUUCAAGAACUUGAUUUCGGAGCGUUUGCCGAUCUCUAUGCCUGCAACUGCGGGAAAUCAAUAGAUUCAGCAGCAGCAACAAUGUGGUAGGUUGUUUAGACGCGCGGCCUCCGAUCGUCCACCGUAUCGCGUUAUUUGCAUGGGUAGCACAACG